ACGUUAUCGGGCUGUACACGGUGUACGGGGGAUAGGAAUUAACUCUUUCUGCUCAAGGCUGAAAACAGUGUGCACGAUAAGCAGCAGAAAUGACUUCUUUAGCUCACCAGCUGAAGCGUCUUGCACUGCCACAGAAUGACCCCAGCUUGCUUGCCCGGAACCAAGUUGCGUCGCUCCUCUUCGAUCCAGCUGAAGCUGCAAAUAUUGACAGAGAAACAUUUUAUGCUCUGGGAUGCACUGGACUUGAAGAGCUUAUGGGGAUUGAUGCCUCCUUUGCCAUCUUUGAGGAGACUCUGUUCAGUGACACUUCUAAAAGCUUGGAGCGCAGUGUACAGUCCAAAGCCGUGAACCAACAGCUGGAUGAGAACAUAUCCUUGUUCCUUACACACCUAUCCCCAUACUUUAUGCUAAGACCAGCUCAGAAGUGCAUGGAAUGGCUUAUACACAGGUUUCAUAUUCAUCUCUACAAUCAAGACAGUCUUAUAGGCUGCGUUUUGCCAUAUCAUGAGACUAAAGUUUUUGUGCGGGUUAUUCAGCUCCUAAAAAUUGAAGACCCCACUCACAGGUGGAACUGGCUGCAUCCAAUUCAGAAACCAGGCGUACCUCUUGCCAGAAGCACUGUAAUCACCCAUUGUUACAAGGAUAUGGGGUUUAUGGAGUUUAUUUGCAAUUUGGUCACUAAAUCUAUAAAGGUUUUUUCGGAAGACUCAGAAAGCAAGGCCAAGCUGAGAGUCCUGAUCUCAUUUUACUGCUCCACAAUAGUGGCUGCUUUGGAGGCUGUUGAUACCGUCUCUCAAACAUUUGUUGCCAAACUCCUUCCCUAUGUACAGAAGGGGUUAAAGUCUUCUCUGGAAGAUUACAAAGCUGCCACAUACAUGAUAGUCUGCCAGCUAGCUGUGAAAACCGUCAUGGAAGCAACAUUGGUGAAAGCCCUGGCAUCACAGCUUAGCCGGAACCUGCCGAAAACACCAUCUCUGAUGCGGGAAGGAGUGGGAUCUAUAAUAAUCCUUCUACAGCGUCAACAGUCAAAAGACGUGGGGAGAAAACCGUUUCUACAUCUCUGUAAGGUCCCCGAAUUAGUUGAUGUUCUUCAGAAAAUCUCAAGCACCUAUGACACAAGCUCCUUGUUAGAAUACCUCCUCCCAAAUCUAGUUCGUGCCAUUGUUCCCUCAUCUACAGAACACAGUGCAGAUGAUAUAAACCCUGAAAUGUGUAAAACUACUCUAGAAGCAAUUAUUUUCAACAUACCCCUGCAGAAAGACUUGGAUAAACUAUUAGCUCGCACUUUCUUGCAGGAAUUCCUCGCAUAUGGAGAAGAACAUGAAGCUGAUGAUGAGAAAAUGUCAGAACUGGGUCAAUGUUUUCUCCCACUCAUCCGACUGUUGGAAAACAAGUAUCCAGAAGCUCUGGACUUGGUGUUGGAAAGGCAAUUGAAGACUGUUAAAGAUGAAGAGAAACAAGACUUGUUUCACCAGUUCAUUGCUCUCUCUACCAGUGGAGGAAAACAUGAGUUAUUGGCAGACUGUGAUACAUCGCUCCUGCUUAGCUUGAAUCACCCGCAAGCCGCCGUGCGACAACUCGCUUUGCUGCAUCUGAAGGACAUCAUUGAGACAUCCAAGGCUGGAUUUGAUGAGUCCUUUAUUAAAGAAGCUAUUUUAGCCCGUCUCAAGGAUGACAACAUUGAGGUGGUAUUGUCUUCCUUACAGGCAUUUAAGAUCUACCUCAGCCACUUUACUACAGAAGAAAUGGUCUCUGUUCUACUCACCCUGUUUGAUCGAGCAGAUCUAUCACAGGCUGAUGGCUGGUCCAAGGCUAUUAAAGAUGCUACAGAACUUAUAAUUCAAGAACAUACCAUCAAAGAUCACCCUGAGCUUUGUAAUAGGAUAAUAAUGGCUUUUAUACCACAUAUGGUCUUCACAAACAACCAGGUCGACUCGGCUGAGGGCUCCAUGGCUGUGUUCCUGGGAAGAAGUGGGGUUUGUCGCCUGCACCCAUUACUAAAGGACUGGCCCGAAGCACUUAGUAAGAGCUUAGAGAAUGCUCAGUCUGAAAAAUUUGCGGUGAUGGUAAACAGCAGUUUUUCUCAGCUUUUGUCUACCAACAUGGCUGCCAUGGACUCCUCUACAGUGCUACAGAUGGUUGAAGAAUUGCUGCAGGUUGCGGACAAGGACACGAUCUUGGUGAGACAGAAGGUGACUUUUCAUGUUCUCAGCCAUGGCCUGGUGGCAGGAUGUGCUAGCUGCCAGAACCCUGACCUGCAGGUCUCUAUGAGGAUCUUUCAGCUGCUUGACAAGAAACUGAGAAAUGUGCUGACACUAGUACAAGAAAAGGAAGAUAGGUGGCUGCUGGAUAAAUCAAGUGGGGAUCAGCUUUAUAGAAUUGUGCUGGCCGAGUAUAUAACAAAGCUGAAUUCUGGGAAGAGCGCGGACAUGGAGGAGGCUGUUUUGCUUUUGCUUCAAUUGAAGAUCUUCCUGAACAACUUAAAUUGUCCAGAAUCAUUUCCUGAAGAUGUACCCUGGUGGAAUCCUGAAACCAUGGACUCCCUAAGCAAGAACUACCUACAGCUACUUAUUGGCCUGUUCAGUGUGAUUGUCAUGGGUGCCAGUGACGGCAUGCACAUUGCCAACUUCCGAUUUCUCAUGGGCUUCUUAUUUUCAAACUGUUUUAAAGGUCCGAUCAAAUUGUUCAAUUUCCUCUGUCUUCUUUGGACAUAUACCUACAACCUUUCAAGUCCUUUGGGCUGCACAGUGAAUGCAGUAUUGCAAACACAAGCCUUGUAUAUUGGUCAAGCCAUACUAGUGUCAAAGUGUGAUCCGUCCAAGAAAAAGUACGAAUUGAUUUCAUCUCCAGUGGUUGUGUCUUUGCUCAUCAACCUUGGCAAUCCUAUAAGAGAGGUGCGUAGAGGAGCCAUUGCCUGCUUAAGUACCCUCAAAGCGAUGAAGGAAUCCAAUCUUUACCCAGUCAUAGAAGGAGUGAUAGAAAGCAGCGAAGAGAUAGUUGCCGAUUGUAACUUCGUGACCCAGACUUUAGGCAGCGUGUUUGACCAUAUGCAAACAUCAGGCUCUAAAAAGAUCAACCCAUUGAAGGAACUUCUGAGUCUCCUGCAGAACCCCAGCUGUCCGUCAUAUGUUGGAAAAGUUGUGCUGAGGGUUCUCCAUUGUGUAAAUGGCGAGGAUCUUCUUACUCAGUUGUUCCCAGUCUUGAUAAGUCUACUGGAGAAGGUGACACAAUCUACAUCUGAUGUUCUACCAGAUGAGGCCUUCCUGCUUCACCUCAUUCUGGGCAAGUUCAAUGAGCAUUCUGCUGGCCUCUUGUCUAAAAACCCUCAAUACCUAGACAUCUUUAUGAAAGCUCUUAGGACUCCCCAGGUCCUGUUGGAUGGGAUGCCCUCCUUCCAGAUUACUGCUAUUGGACAAAUUACUAAGACUUUCUUUUCCUCUCUUGAUGGGCCCGUCCAGCAGAAGCUGCUUGGUGCCCUAUUUGACUUGCUAGUAGAUAGCAAGAGCUCUGCAUGUAUUCAGGCUGUCAGUAGCGCCUUUAAAUCGAUCUCUGUAAAUGCCGUUCAUGUCAGUGCGGAGCUUGGACCUUCUGGAAGAGACAAAGCUGUUACCUCUGUGCGACAAACCAGAAGGAAUAAAAUGCAGACCCAAAGAAAACAGCAGACGGAUGCAGUAGAAGAAGGCAGUGUGAACUGGUCCCGAACAACUAUUAUCCUAGAGCUGCUUCAACACAAGAAGAAGCUGAAGGAACCACAACACUUGGUGCCUACUCUGUUCUAUCUGUUGUCCAGGUGUCUUGAGCCUUCAGAUCCAGAGCAGGGAAACAUGGAAUACACCAAACAGCUCAUCCUCAGUUGUCUUCUCAACAUCUGUCAGAAGGUUUUACUUGAAAAUGAGAAGGAUGCUAAAGAAAUUCUGGAUGAAGAAAAGUUCAAUGUGGAGCUUAUUGUACAGUGUGUCCGGACAUCUGAGAUGCCACAGACUCAUCAUCAUGCUCUUCUUCUCCUGGGAACUGCUGCUGGAAUCUUCCCGGAUAAAGUACUUCACAACAUCAUGCCCAUCUUUACCUUUAUGGGAGCCAGUGUUAUGCGACUGGAUGACAGCUAUAGCUUCCAAGUCAUCAGUAAGACUGUACAGACUGUGAUCCCUGCACUGAUCGAGAAAGGAGAGCAAACGUCUAAGGAGACUAAAGAGAAUGUUGAGCAGGUGGUUGAAAAGAUCAUUCAUGUGUUUGUGGAUGCUCUGCCUCAUGUCCCAGAACACAGACGACUGCCCAUCUUAUGCCAGCUCCUGGACACUGUGGUAGCAGAACGAUUCCUCUGGGUUCUCUUAGUUCUUCUUUUCCAACAACAUGUGACCAAAACUGUCACUAUGGCUACAAAUGGAGAAAAGGAUGCAGUGCUGGAGAGGGACACAGAAUUUUGGGUAUCAGUCUGCUGUGAAUUCAGUGUACAGAUUCAAUUGGAAAGUUUAAUAAGUGUUCUGAAAUUCCUCACAAAACUUCCAGAAAAUAAAGAGGAUGAUGAUCCUGAACAGAAGAAAAGCAAAGUGCGGAAGCAGAAAGUUCAGAAGGAAAACACAGAACUCUUCAAUGUAGAAACCCAUUCUGCUAAACAACUCCGUCACUUUAAAUUUUUAGCUGUGUCUUUCAUGGCAAACCUCUUGGCUUCUCACACUUUUGUCGGCAAGGUGGUAGAGUGCGAAGCUGCUGAGGAAUUACAAGAACUGGAACAAAGGAUAUUAGAAGAAGUUCUCUGCUAUAUAAAGUUAGUAGCUGGCUCUGUGGAAGCAAAUGCUGACAAACCGACAGCAAAGUUUUGGCGUGCUCUUCUUAACAAGUCCUAUGAACUGCUGGACAAAGUUAAUUCUCUGUUGCCUACUGAGACCUUUAUCCCUGUGAUUCGUGGCCUCAUGUCCAAUCAUUUGCCAUCUGUGCGACGGAAAGCAAUGGAUCUCCUUAACAACAAGUUACAUCAUCGAACACAGUGGAAUGAACAACAGAUUGAGUUGCUUUUGGGACUUGUUAAGGAUCUUCUUUCUGUCGCGCAAAAGAAAGGAAGCUUAGAAGGCGAUGAACAAGCCAUUAACAGACAGACUGCUCUCUACAGCUUAAAACUCCUCUGCAAAUGUUUUGGUUCCAAUAGGCAGCAAGUAUUUCUUCCUGUUCUGAGUGCAGCAGUCAAUCUUAUAUCUUCAGAACAGCCGGAAGAAAAGAAUGUUGUAGGCAGUGCUUUACUGUGCAUUGCUGAAAUUACCGGCACCGUCAAGGCCCUUGCCAUUCCACAGCUUCCCAGACUGAUGCCAGCUCUCCUCACUACCCUAAAACAUCGGAAGGAGCUGCUUACUAGUGAGAUUCACCUUCUAAGCACAGUUACUGCCCUUCAGAAAGUUGUGGAGACUCUCCCGCACUUCCUAAGUCCCUACCUACAAGAUUCAUUGCUCCAGGUUACACGUCUGGAUAAGAUUGCUGUCAAAGUCGGACCCACGUCAACACUCUCUGUAAAGGUGUCAGCACUAAAAACAACUCUGGCAACAAAACUCGCAGCCAGAGUUCUUCUCCCAGCUGUCACCCAAUGCUAUUGUCAUCUUCUGGAGACCCAGCAGCAAGUGUGCCUUGGAUCUCUAAUGGACAUACUUAGGGAACACAUUGCUACAAUGGAGAAACAGCAGCUGUCAUCUCAUCAGUCUGAACUAACCACAUUCUUCCUUAAAGCCCUGGACUACAGAGCCGAACAUACUGAGAGUGAUCUGAAAGAAGUGGGCAGCACAGAAGGCCAUAUCAUUGACUGUUUCCUCAUCAUGAUCAUGAAACUUUCCGAAGCUACUUUUAGACCACUUUUCUUUAAGCUUUUCGACUGGUCCAAAACAGAAGGAUCCUCCAAGGACCGACUCCUCACCUUCUGCCGCCUGUCUGAUUGUAUUGCUGACAAGCUGAAAGGGCUUUUCACUCUGUUUGCCGGCCACCUUGUUAAGCCUUUUGCUGAGAUAUUGAAUCAGACCAAUGCCAUGAAAACAGAUGAAGCAUUUUUUGACUUGGACGACAACAACGAAAAGAGCUGCCUCCUCUUGGAGUAUGUACUCAACUGUCUACACAAAAUCUUCCUGUAUGACACUCAGCACUUUGUCAGCAAGGAGAGAGCCGAGGCGUUGAUGAUGCCUUUGGUGGAUCAGAUUGAAAAUUUACUUGGAGGAGAUGAAAAGUAUCACAUGAGAGUGAGCCAGAGCCUAAGUCCUUGCAUUGCUCAGUUCUCUGUUGCUGUGGCAGAUGACUCCCUGUGGAAACCGCUCAACUACCAGAUACUUCUAAAGAUGCGCCACUCAUCUCCUAAGGUCCGCUUUGCUGCGUUGCUUGUCCUGGUUGAUUUGGUGGAAAAACUGAGGGAAAACUACAUGGUCCUGCUGCCAGAGGCCAUCCCAUUUUUGGCAGAACUUAUGGAAGAUGAAUGUGAAGAGGUGGAGCAGCAGUGUCAGAAGACAAUCAAACAGCUAGAAAAUUUCCUGGGUGAAUCUCUGCAGAGCUAUUUCUAAGAAGCUGUUUUGCCCCGGACUGAGCAAGACCUCACAAGACUACAUAAGAGACUGACUGAACUUUUAUUAAAAUGGCGACCUCCUAUUUCAACGUGCGCUAACCUUGUUCAAAACCCAUAUGAGAAACCACAAUUAGAUCAUCUUAUUUAAAACAGUAGUGUGGUCCACUGAUCCAGUCAUUUUAUAUGAUCAGCCAUUGUGCUGAUUUUAAGGCUUGCAUCUACCUGAUAUUAUAGCUGUAGCUGCCACAGCUCUUUACUGAAGUUACAUUUGUAGCAUGCAUUUUGUAUACAGACAUUUUGUAAAGAAAUCUGCCUAAACAUUUGAAAAUAAAUAUAUAUUUUACAUUCCUCUAAAAA